CUUUCCUUCUUUCCUUCCUCCCUCUCUCCUUCCUCCCUCCCUCCCUCCCUCUUUCUUUUUCUGGAACUGGGCCUGUGAACCCGAAGCAUGAAGCUGCCCGAUGGGAUCUGCUGUUUCCUGCUCAUGGGCCUGUACAUUGACUUGGCUCAGAAUGGGCUGGCGGGAACCCUCAGCAGACAAUCCCGGAGGAGGGGCCACAGAGCCUUGAGGAAGGCCCCCUCCCUGAACCGCAGAGCCCACGGGCAGUCCGAGCCGCUGGUGGCGGCCACCCCAAAGCAACAGCUUCCUCUCCGGGCCCCCGAGGGCAGCGCUGUGGACCUGGUGGUCCCGCUGGCGAGCUCUCUGGGAGAAGAGUCGGGCUACAACGUCCUGCCAGGCAGGAAGGGCCGGUGCGCCUUCGGCGGGAUCGUGAUGUACGACGGAGCCGUGUGGUCUCCCGAGCCCUGCGUCACCUGCCUCUGCUCCGGCGGCACAGCCGUCUGUGACGAGGCCACGUGCCCGCCUCGCCGGUGCCCGCGGCCCGUCACCCCCGCGGGCGAAUGCUGCCCGCUCUGCCCCGACGCUGGUGGCAGCCCAGAACUUCCUGGGGAUGCUUUAACCCAGCGCCAGGAAGUGCUCCAGAGGAAGGAGCAGGAGGCCGGGGAAGAAGACCUCCGGCGACAAGGCAGAGAGAAGGUCCCGAAGAGGAAAGGCAAAGGGCGAAGGCCCCGGCCUCAGAGCCGCCUGGAGGAGAGGCCCCCGGGAGCGCGAGGAGAGCGGGCCACCCAGAUGAGCGCUGGCCCCAAGAGCCAAAGGCGCUGCCGCAGGGGGUCGGGGAGGAGGCGCAGAAACACUAGCCGAGAUAGGGGCGACAAGGAGGAGGACGACGACCACGACGACCACGACGACCACGAAGACCACGAAGACCAGGACCACUACUACGACCACGACCACAAUGACGACGACGACCACGAUGACGACCACGACCACAACGACGACCACGACGAUGACGACGACCAUUACGAGGUUCCCUAUUCCCCAGUGUCUGAGCCCGAUACAGAGGCCCCACCUGUGCCCAGGGCGUGCACCAUUUGGGAGCACGAGAUGAGCUGCACCAAUGCCAACCUCACCCAAGUGCCCAUCAUUUCAGACCCGGACUUAAGGAGCUUGGAGCUCAUCGGGAAUUCCAUCCGCCGCAUCCCGGACGGAGCAUUCCUGGGAACACCCAAUCUGGAAACGCUGGACCUGCGCAGAAACGCCAUCACUGCUUCUGGCAUCAGCCCCAACGUGUUCAAGCCCCUGAAGAAGCUGACGUGCCUGUAUCUGGACGGCAACGGCCUGGUGCGGCUGCCGCCGGCGCUGCCCUCGGGGCUCCUGGAGCUGAAAGUCAACGAGAACGCUCUGCGCUCCCUCGACGAAGACAGCCUGGCAGGGCUCAAGCACCUCGUCACCCUGGAGCUGGAGGGGAACGAGCUCAGCGAGUCCAACGUGAGUCCCUGGGCCUUCGGCCCGCUGCAGAGGCUGUCUUACCUGCGCCUGGGAAGGAAUCGCUUCCGGAUCAUCCCGCAGGGCCUGCCGACGUCCAUCGAGGAAUUAUACCUGGAGAGCAACCAGAUCGAAGAAAUCAAAGAAACGUCUUUCAACCAUACCCGAAAUAUCAACGUCAUCGUAUUAAGUCAUAAUAAGAUCGAAGAAAACAGGAUUGACCCUUUAGCAUGGAUCCACCACAAAAACCUGGAAUCUGUUGAUCUUUCCUACAACAAACUCUAUCACGUUCCCUCCUACCUACCCAAGUCCCUGCUGCACUUGGUGCUGGUCGGGAACCAGAUCGAGCGAAUCCCUGGCUAUGUCUUCGGCCACAUGAAGCCGGGCCUCGAGUACUUGUACCUCUCCUUCAACCGCCUGCGCGACGACGGCGUGCACCCCGUCUCGUUCUUCGGGGCCUACCACUCUUUGAGAGAGGUCUUCCUGGAUCACAAUGAACUGCAGGCUGUGCCCUUCGGGAUCUCGCGCAUGACGUCGCUGCAUCUUCUGAGACUCAACAACAACAAGAUUCGGAACGUUCUCCCGCAGCGAGUCUGCAGGGCCAAGGGCAGAGACUCUCCUCUGGAACAGCUGCAUCUCGAAAACAAUUACAUCCGCCUUCGAGACCUUCCGCUUCACCUGUUUUCCUGCCUGCGAUCGUAUGCCAGCAUCGUCCUGAGGCCACAGAAGGCCAAAUAGGAGCGGGGCUCCUGCCUCGGGUCCGACGUGAGCGUCUCUUUCUUGGGGCUCCAGAGCACCGUGGCCCCCGAGGGGCGGACGGCUCUUAGGGCGCCCCCCCAAGAGCAGGGGGCAGGGCAGCAGAAGCCCCAAGUCCUGCCAUACUCGGGCAGCCAUAGUUCACCAAAACCCACCCCACCCCAUCCAGUAAGGCGCCAGAGGGCUCGGGGGGGUCGGUCAUUCUGGGAUCCAGCACUCAUUAGCAGGUUCCCGUAAGGCCUAAAGGGUGGCCCGGGGUCUCCGCUGGACUCUGACCCCGCCAGGGCACAGAUGGAGGGAGCGUCUACACUGGCAGCCCCCAAGGCCCAGGAGAGCACAGGCUCCCGGGCCACUCUCGUGUCACAGCACUUUGUGGAAGCCACGUGGCGGUCCCCAGCGAGGCCCGGAGGGAGCAGACUCGGGCUUCCCUGCCGCCCCUAGGCCUGGGCGCCGGCAGAAGCCCACUGGUGCCUCCUCACCUGGGCCCCGAGGAGGCGGGUCCUCUUGGACUCUGCCCUCCCUUUCUUCCUCCUGCGGGAACCACCCACCCUUGUUUCUCCCCAUUAACGAGUGUAUGCUUUGGACAGCCCUGAAUUAUAACCUUUCUUCAUUUUC